UCUUUCAGACAUUCUUUCCAAUGGCUUCCAGUUCUUCCUCUUCUAGCAUUGCUUCACCUUCGGCUAACUAUGACAUCUUUCUAAGCUUCAGAGGCGAAGAUACUCGUCAUUCUUUUACCGAUCAUCUCUAUGCCGCGUUAAUCCGAGCAGGAAUUUCCACUUUUCGGGAUAAUGAUGAAAUCAGUAGAGGUGAAGACCUCAAACCGGAAAUUGAGACAGCAAUCACAGCAUCCAAGGGCUCGAUAGUUGUAUUGUCUAAGAAUUAUGCAACUUCAACAUGGUGCCUCGAUGAGCUUUGGUUGAUCCUUGAGCGAAGGAGRGAGUUAGAUCAUUUCGUUCUACCGGUAUUUUAUCAUGUUGAUCCCUCUCAUGUUARAAAGCAAGAUAAUACUUUCAAGAUACAAGUUAAAACCUCUUCAAAGUGGACGGAUGAUAACGUGAAACGAUGGAGACAAGCCCUUACGAAGGUUGCCGAAUUGUCAGGCUUGGUUCUUUCAGGGUCAGAAACAGAGUUUUUGAAGGAAAUCAUUGAUAACGUUUACUGUAAAGUUGGUCACAAAAUAGUUAAUCUUCCACGCAAUCUAACAGGGAUGAAUGCUCGAGAUAAAGAUAUUAACUCCUGGUUAAAGCAAUCCAACAACAAGGUUCUAAUAAUUUGUGGCAUGGGAGGAAGUGGCAAGACCACGUUGGCAGAGUACAUUGUCUCUUCAAAUCGGCAACAUUUUGAAAUCAUUAGCUUUUUAAAAGACAUGGGUAGUAUACAUCAAAAACAAGGUAAUAUUGAUGUGUUGAUCCAACAAUUUGCCAAAGAUAUUGUAGGAGAGGGGAAACCCCAAGUGUCGUACGGGCGCUAUUACACAAAUAGAGUUUUAAAAAGGAAAAAGGCACUUAUUGUUUUUGAUGACAUUGAUGAACCAAGACCACUGGAAAAAUUUAUCAAUUUCCAGGAAAUUAAUGGAAAAAGCAAAAUUAUAAUGACAACCAGGAACAAUAAUACACAUAAUUGGUUUAGGUCUCGAACUUGGAGUUGUCAUGAGUAUAAGAUGACAUUACUAGAUGAUGAAGAAGCAUUAGAGCUCCUAAGUCUUCAUGCCUUUGGAUUCAAAAUUCCUAUGGACGGUUAUGAGGAACUUACAAAAGAGGUGCUACAGUAUUGUGAAGGAAAUCCACUGGCUCUUGAAGUGUUGGGUUCCUCUUUAUCAGAGGAUAUUAGCAUCCUAUUUUGGAGAAAUACAUUGGAUUUAUUGAAAAGAGAUAUGAAUUCUGGAAUCCAACAUGUACUCAUAAGGAGCUAUGACUCAUUGCCAGAUAGAAAUAGCAAAGAGUUGUUUUUACAUAUUGCUUGUUUCUUUGUUGGCGAAGACAAGGAUUAUGUGGAAAAAAUAUUGGAGCUUGAUUAUUGUGCAUCAUCUGGGAUCAAAGUCCUAACCAAUAGAUGUCUUCUUUCUGUGUCACCAAACAACAAACUGAUGGUGCAUCAAUUGAUUCAAGAGAUGGGGAAAAGCAUAAUCAUUGAAGAAUCAAAACGCCCUGUAGAACGUAGUAGAGUUUGGCGUAGUAUUGAAUCUUACAAGAUCUUGCACAAAGGAGAGUCUUUAGAUCUUAAGACCGAUUCACUUACAAAAAUGGAUAACCUAAAAUUGCUCCACCUAAAUGAUGUGCAUCUCAUUGGAUCCUACGAGGAUUUUUCAGAAGAUUUAAGAUGGCUAUGCUGGCGUAAGUUCAAUCUAAGAGCCAUACCCUCCGGCUUAUUCUUCAAAAGCUUGGUGGCUAUAGAUAUGCGAGAUAGCAAGUUGAAAGUUCUUCAAUUACUUAAGUCUCUAAAUCUUCAAUCCUCAAAGUCUCUGUCCACAAUCCGCAAUAUCUACCGACUCCCUAAUAUUGAGACUUUGAUUCUUUGUCAAUGUGAUGAACUGGUUGAUGUUUGUGAAACCAUUGGAGACCUAAAAAAUCUUGCUCUAUUGGACAUGUCAGAGUGUCCAAAGCUCUCCAGGAACCCAACUUCAACGUUUGGUGGAGGAAGUCCACAACAAACUUCCUUUUCUUUGCCACAUUCUUUAGUGUGGUUAUCCAUUAGAGACUGCGGCCUUGAUGGUACUGAAAAAUUUCCUCUAAGUUUCAGCAUACAACAAAAAUUGCAGUACCUGGAUUUAGGCAUAGGUUUGUUUGAAAGCUUGCCCAACUACAAUCAUCUUGAAAAUCUUAGGGUACUACACGUGACUUUAAGCUGUAGACUUAAAUGGCUUCUCUGUCUUCCAAGUGCACUUGCAGAAUUGUAUGUAUAUGGUUGUUCCUCGCUAUAUAAAAUAACUUUUGAAUCACAUCGGUUCACACUGCAUGAGUUUGGCUAUGAUGAUUGUUAUCAGUUGAGUGAAGUGGAAGACUUCUUUAAAUUGGUGCCGGUAGCCAGACUUGAUGAAACUGAUUUGGGACACUUGAAGUGGCUAAAAAAAUAUCAACAUCAUCAUGUGUUCCUGAUUCGUGAUGAUCAGAUCAUGAAAAACAGAAGCCAAAGGAUCCAGAUGUUGUAUGAAUUCGGUAUCUUGAGCACGCACCUGCCAGACAUAAAGGAUCCAAACAUAACACCUGAGUAUAUAUCAGAAUCAACAUCUCUGUCCUUUGAGGUGCCUUCAUCUCCCAUGGAUAGGAGGCUCAAAGGAUUAAAUCUAACUUUCAAGUAUACAGUAUUAUCAUUAUCAGGUCGAGACUGUACAUGGUUUGCUAAAAUCCGUACCAACAAUGGUGUUGAUUUGAUGUACAAUCCCAUAGUCUUUGGCGAUCCUGAAGAUGGAGGAGCUGGCAUAUGGUUAAGUUAUUGGCCAAUAGGAAGCAAAUUAUUAGUGGGAGAUGAAGUUAAUGUGUCUGUCAUUGUGAUGAGUGGUAUAUUGAAGGUACAUGGGUGUGGUGCAAGCCUUGUGUAUGCGGAUGCUGAUGAAACCAUGGAAAUUAACAUGCGAUGGAUAGAAACUCUUGGAGGGGACUUGUCUGCAUUUCAACUAAUGACAGGAGCAUACUAUCUUUGUCGGCGUGAUUUUUUCAAGUUAAUGGAGGUUGGCAGAUUGGCACCAGGUUGGCUAAGUAUUUUAGUCGGUGAUACCAUUGAUGAUAGAGAGGUACGAGGAUGGAGAAAGACCGGUCGACCUAAGCCGUCAUUUAACCCAUCACAAACAGAGUUUUACCCAUCAUUUAACCAAUCACGAAUAGGUUUGUCACGUCCAUCACUUACAAAGUUGCCAGACUCAUUAUAUACAGAGGCGAAGAAGUUGUAGAUGCAUUGUCUAAGGUUCUGAGACGAUAAUUAUGCUCUGUAUUUUUAUUUUUUUUGCAUGAAUUGGU